CAGCUUCUCUGCCCCAAACCCCAGCUGAGCAGGAACCUGUGAACUCAGAAACCAUGGAUAAAUUUGACCUGAUUAAGGUCAUUGGGGAAGGCACCUUUGGGAAGGUAUACUUGGCUAAAGGCAAAUCAGAACGCCAUCACUGUGUCAUAAAAGAGAUCAGUUUUGCAAAGGAACAAGAAGCUUCAGAGAAAGAAGUGAUUCUUCUGGCUACGAUGAGGCAUCCCAACAUCGUCACCUUCUUCAACUCAUUUCAAGAGAACAGCAGGCUGUUUAUUGUAAUGGAAUACUGUGAUGGAGGGGAUCUCCUGCAAAGGAUCCAGAAACAGCAGGGAGUGUUAUUCAGCGAAGACCAGAUCCUGUGUUGGUUUGUACAGAUUUCCCUAGGGCUGAAGCAUAUUCACGACAGGAGGAUAUUACACAGGGACAUAAAAUCACAGAAUAUUUUUCUUAGCAAAAAUGGAAUGGUUGCAAAGCUCGGGGACUUUGGAACAGCAAGGACACUGAAUAAUUCCACGGAACUGGCUCAGACAUGUGCUGGGACCCCUUAUUACCUGUCCCCAGAGAUCUGUCAGAACAGGCCAUACAACAAUAAAACGGACAUCUGGUCUCUUGGCUGUGUCUUAUAUGAGCUCUGUACACUCAAGCACCCUUUUGAGGGUAACAACCUACACCAUCUGGUUCUGAAGAUUUGUCAAGCACAUGUCGCUCCCAUAUCACCCCACUUCUCUCUGGACCUACAGUCCUUGGUACCUCAGCUCUUUCAAGUGUCCCCUGGGGACCGACCAUCUAUUAAUUCCCUUUUGAAAAGGCCUUUUUUAGGAACUCUUGUUGCCCAAUACCUGUCUCCUGAGGUCCCCUCCAGAAGAGUUCAGUCCCAUGUGCGUAUGCAGAACGCUGCUGUUGGCCAUACCACUUGCUGGGGUGGUAGUCCAUGGUCUGCUGCGUACCUUCAGAGGAAAUUUGAAGCUCAGCAAUAUAAGUUAAAAGUGGAAAGACAGCUGGGUCUUCGUCCAUCUUCUGCUGAGCCACAUCCCAAUGAGAGAGAAAUGCCACAAAGCCAUGAAGAGGAGACUAAAUUCCAGGAGCUUCAGUGCAGGAAGAAUAAAGUGAAGGACAAGGAAUAUUGGAAACAGCUGGAGGAAAUCCGCCAACAGUACCACAAUGAUGUGAAGGAAAUUAAAAAGAAGAUCGGGAGAGAGCUGAAGAGAGGAGUAAAGUUUGAAAUUAGCCUGGAUAAGUGUGUUUCUGAGGAAGACACAGACCAAGGGAACAAGGCAGUGGAUAAGCUAAAUGAUACUUUAAGCUUUGAAGAUGGCAUGAGGCUCCGGGAGUACAGAUGUCAGAAGGAGCGUGAAGAUUACACAGACAGAGCCUUUGAAGAGCUCUGUGGCCCAGAGGCAGAGGCCUUCUUUCAGGACAUGGUUGCUGUGGAGAGCAGGAGGCAGUGGGAUGCCAGAGCACCUCAGACUCUACUGCAAAUAAUGGCAACAGCAGAUGUCACCUCCCCCUGCCCCACCAUGCCUGACGAUGGUCGAGUGAUUGUGAUGGAAGGCAAUCCAGAAAAUGGGAAGCAGUGGUGGUGGGAUGCGCCCGGGACCCCGAGUGCUUCAGCAGCAGAAGAUGCCUGCGGGAGCUCAUUGUCUGCCGGUAAAGGAGAACCUGUUGGAAUAAUAAAACCACAGCUCCCUAAAGAAGACCAGGGAGAGUUAGAAAUAGCCUCUGGCAUCAUAGUGGAUGAUGAACAACUGGAUCCAGGAUUGCAGGAUGAUGAAAUGUGA